AUGUCUGCCAAUAUGCUCAGCCUUCUUUCGGAGCACCCCGAAAGGGUGUUUGAGCUCUCCAAGAACGACGGGACGCAUUAUUUUGACCUGCUUGUAAAACAGUUUUUGGAUCCCAUAGCAAAAGAGUAUUCUGUGUUGGAUGAGAUAUACGUAGAUGGACUUGAUUCCAGCCAGAUAUAUGGCCAGACAAGAAUGGUUCUAGAUGGGGUUGGAGACAAGUUGAUGCAUGAAGUUAUCCCUGCUUUGAAAGCGAAAAGUAUGGAUAACAAUGACGAGGAGGUUGACGAAGACGAUGAAGAUGUUGAAGAAAGUGAUGUCGAAGGUGAAAAUAACGAACAAAAUAAAAGUUUAAGCGGUGAAUCUGAAGACGAAGAGGAAGAGCAAAACUCGGGAGAGUCUGAGGACGAAAAUUUAGGCGAAAUAAUGGGCGAAUUGUCGGAUGAGGAUAUCGACGAGGAGCCCUCACAAGGAGACGAAGAUGAACCACAAACGUUCAAGAAAGACAGUUUUGGCUUGAAUGACGAGUUCUUUGAUAUAGAUAGCUUCAACAAGCAGAUCAUAAACUUGGAAAAGCCAGAGGACGACGAUGAGAUCGAUUAUAUGGACAGCAUGAGUGAAGAAGACGAAGACGAAGAAGUAGCAUACUUUGACGACUUUUUCCCAAAGCCUGCCAAACAAGAAACCCAAGAGUCUGGUCAAAACUCCUACAGCUCAGAUGAAGAAGAACCCAACGAACAAGGCCUCUCAGACGGCGAAUAUGAAAACGCAUUAGGCUCAGCCAUGCUAGAUAUGUUUGAAGACAAGCCACAAAAAAAUACAGCAGCGAUGUCAUCUUUCGAAGCACACCAGAAACAAAUUCAGGAAGAGGUUGCCAAGCUCGAAGCAGAACUAAUUGCAGAAAAGAAAUGGACAAUGAAAGGUGAAGUCACCGCCAAGAGUCGGCCCGAAGACUCUCUUUUAGAGGACCCAGAAACCAUGGAUCUUGAGUUUGACAGAACCGCAAAACCCAUCCCAGUAAUAACACAAGAGCACACUGAGACUGUCGAGGACAUGAUAAGACGAAGAAUAAAAGCAGAAGAGUUUGACGAUCUUCCUAGGCGAGUGGUUGGAGAUGUUGCGAAAUUUCACAAAGAAAGAGUUGAAGUAUCGGAACAAAAAUCCACCAAAUCGUUAGCUGAGUUGUAUGAGGAUGAAUACCAUCAAGCUGAUCCACAAACAGAGGUUUCUGACGAGACGAAAAAACAGCAUGAAGAGAUCGACCAAUUAUUUUCGUCUCUCAACCACAAGCUUGACUCUCUCUGUUCGGCCCACUAUGUGCCCAAACCUCACCAAGGACGCAGCUUGGAAAUCAGAGUGGACGACGUCACUGCGCCAACUAUUUCAAUGGAAGAUGCACAACCCGCUUAUGUCGAUUCGGGAACUUCAUUGGCACCACAAGAAAUCUACAAACCAGGUGAAAAACAGGAUGGAAAAGUUACUCUUAAAUCUGGCUUGUCGUAUGCCAAAGAUGAGCUUUCUCGUGAUGACAAGCAGCGGUUGAGAAGAGCCAACAAGAGAAAGAGAGCCAAGGAACACAGCCAAAGAGAAUCGCCGAACAAAAAAUCAAACAAGAAACAGAAUACUAAUGAUGUGGUUUCCACGCUUGCUAGAGCUAAGAACGUUACGCUUAUCGAUAAGAAAGGAAGACAUACAGAUGUCAAAGGUAAAGAGAGAAGGGAGACGACCCAUUCCAGCUCCCAGUACAUGCUUUAG